AUGCCACGGGGAGUAGACAUCCAAGUCGAAGAAUCUUGGAAGGAUUUCGAUGCUAGAAUCGAGAGUGCCGUGAGGGACCAUGCUAGAGGAGUGAAAGGGCAGCAGGGCUCAGCGAGAGCGAGGCGAAGGAUGAGCGGGAGCGAAUGGUUGGGCGUUGACCGGCGCAUCGCACCUGGUAAUCCAAAUAGUGUCGUGGAGCUCGCAGCAUUGGAUGGAAUGGGACAGCGCCAGGCGGAAAGUCUCGACAUGCCCAAUGCAUCACGCGAACCUGAACUGCGGCCCGAACCCCAUACCCUGCUUGAGGCCGUCUCUGCUGAUAUUGGGCCGACGGAGGGCGAACUAUCUCGAACGAUAUCCCGGAGGCCGACAUCAGGGGACAGUGAAGUACGCACACACCAUGACAAUGAAAUGGAAGCAUAUCCGCACAUGUCUUUCACUCGCCUGCUCAUGUCCGCUCUGCAAGUAGAAGUUCUAUUUGUGCUCUACUCGCUAUUGACCGGAAAGCGCAAGAGGGAGGUUCAAGUUCAGCUAGUUGACGCAGGCAUAUUUGCGGCGAUGAUCCGUUUUUGUGAUGGGCUGAAAUGGCUAAACUCUGGGAAGGAGAAGAGAACUGAAGAAGCGCUCAAGGUUCACUUGAUACGUUUGCUUCACUAUGUAUGGGAUGGCCUAGAUUUCAUACCGGCCAACGAAAGGCUGGAGAUGCUGUUUACGCAUGACGAAAGACUAAUUUUAAAAAUUGGCGGACACGGACACCCGCCCGGGAUUACUUGCACCGGUCCAAACCUCACAUCACGAUCAUCUCAGGAACCCUUAGUUCUGGCGAUGCGUCGACUUUCUCUCACCGCUUGCGCAGACUUGAUUGCCAUUCAAAGCGGGAGGCUGGGAGUGGUGGAGACGGACGUAGCCCCCACUGUUUUCGACGACAACAUCGAAAGGACUAUCCCACGUGACGGUGGAAACCCACUGCACUCCAAAAAGCUUACUGAACCAGCUUCAAAUGUCACUCCCGUCGAAGUUCAUAGUGACAGCGGGCGUCGAGCGAAGUCAGGAAUUGAACGUAUGGGCUCACACAGGUCGGUACCAUUUGCGCCGGACCAGGGCAUUGUUUGCAAGAUAGCGGAUAUUCUGAUGCGAGCACACGCUGAUGACGAGGCUCAUGGUACGCGAAGAUAUCUGCUCGCUGGAUGUAUGGAGACCUAUCUACGCAGUGCAAGCAUAGAUGAAAAGAGCAUUGUCGCGCGACACGGGCUUCUUCUCCAUCUUCUCAGCGAACUUUCCCAACAUGACAAGCUGAUCCCGCAACUCAGCCAAUUUCGUCAGACAAGUUUUGACUUAUUGGGACAGUUGGUGAAGUGGAGUAGGGAGUUGUUUGGUUUUAUGAAUACGAUUUUCCGACAAGAUCCGAAGCUUUUGUCUGGUUUGCUGAUAACCAUGUCGGGCAGUCUGAUUGAUUCGAACGUAUUCGUGAGAUCUGUUGUGAUUUCGUUAGAAUGUUUUCGCGAAGAGGACAAGUUGACACGUAACCCAAACACAGGUAACUCAAAAGAACGUUACGACUUCGCUUCGUGUCUGCUUUGGGAUUUCUUGGAGACUAAUCGCUUACGUCUAAUUCAAGACCUCAUCACAAGUGUCAGGGUGGAAGAUGUCAAUUUUGAGAACAUUUGCUGCGUGAAUACAUCCUUAAUCCUAAUGGUGAUUUCUUAUCCAACUGAGGAAGCUUUGGACUUGGCCCUGUUACACAUCCUAAAUAACAUUUUGUUGUCCGAGGAAAUGGAGAAAUUCGGACCGCAAAACUUUUUCGGUCUAAACCCAGUGGAUAUCUUCUCAAACUUCGAAAAGCUCAUAUCUUUUUGGUUAAGCUACUACCAACAUCAAAGCCUCGAUGUUGCCUCACAAGAGCUGAAUUCGAACAUUCGCUUUGAACGGCUCAUUGCGGUUGCGAACCUUCUGAAGGUGCGAUUGCCGCUUCUAGACGCAAGACUGAAAAGGGAGGCCAACCUUUUGCAGUUGCAGCAAGAAUGA